UGACGCUGCUGCACCUCAGUGUAGUUGUGGAGUGAGGAGGGGAGGGACGUAUGUCGUUGCUCGUGGGGAGAGCAUCCAACCUAAUUGAGUUUUUAGAGGAUAUCGUUGGAAAUCUAAAUUAGUUUCAAUGAGUAUGGACUCUAAAGAUUACGACCAUGUCAAGAACCUUACGCUCUUAUUCUUCCUUGACCGGCUCAUGGACAAGGGUCAGCCGCGUACGCUGCAUGACCUCAGCUGUCAGUUCGGGACGAAAGGCUUCACCAAGGAAAUGCGUCAGAUCGCAGGCGGGUCGCAGUCCGGCCUCAGAAAGUUCCUGCAGCAGUAUCCGUCCCUGUUCACGCUCGAGGAGGACUAUGUGUCGGUCACCAACUACAGCAACGGGAUCUCCAACCCGCACGACCCGACGGGGAAGCUUCUGGGCAAAAGGGACUACGUCAAGGAGGCUGUGGAUUAUUUCGUGGGCAAAUUGCGACAGUACGGGGCAGGGACGGAGGUUCCCAUUAAGUCCCUGCUUGGCCACAGGUCCCAGGCAUCGCCAGAGGUCCGUCACGUCUCGGGGCAACACGUGAAGGAGUUCAGGGACUUCCUGGUCAAGUCCCCCGACGUGUUCGUGGUCGGGGAGGAGACGGUGAUCCUGAAGGAGUACGAGGGCGUGGCGCCCCAGCCCUUCAAGGAGCUGGAGGUGCCCAAGAUCGACCCGGUUUUGACACAGCAGGCAAGUGGCGACGGCCGUGGGGCAGGUGUCUCAUUCACAGGUCAAGCAACGAAGGGCGGCGCGAGAGACGGAAAGGGAAAGUCUCCGCGGGACCAGCACAAGCGGAAGCGCAGGGUGGAGGACCCUUCGCCCUCGCCCUCCCCCUCCCCCCCUCCGAAGCACCAGCGCCAGAACUUCCCAGGGACUUCGGAGACGACAAAGACCGCGAGGAAGCCGAAGCCCAACCAGCGGAAGAGGUCCUUAAGCAGCGAGGGAGGGUCCGAGACCGCGAGCUCCUCCGGCAGCCAGACUGACGGCGAGAGUUUGGGCAAGCAGGAGCGCCCGGCGAAGCAGAAGAAAGCGACGGGGCAGCAAGAAGUGGCCACUCAAGAGAUAAGCAGCCAAACAAAAAGGGUUAAGCAAGAGAAAACGGCCAGCGAGGCGGAGGAGCAGAACAACGAGGCUGAGGAAGCGCAAAGCAAGCAAUACGUGGCCAAAAGACUUAAAAGGCUUAAGCGAUUUCUGCAGCUGAAUAAGCACAAGCAUUUCUCAAAGCUGCAGAGGUUGGUCAGACUGAAGAGCUUGGUCAAGCAGAAAGGCCGCGCUAAGCAGAAUUUGAGCGCAAAGGGGCGAAACAAGAAGAGAGAACAAGUGAAGGGAAAGAUCUUGUUCAGACAGGAUGAAGUGAAGCAAGAAAGCCUAGGUAAGCAGAGGGCCUCGGCCAACAAGGAUAAGGGCGUAGCGAAAGGCUGCGGUAAGGAGAAGAGCGACGCCAAACAGGAAACCGAGGUCAAGCAGAACAUGGCCAAGCAGGAGAUAAGCACGCCGAAGAGAGCAGCCAGCGGUAUUCUGCGUUCAUGCAAGCAAGGGCGCGUGAUGAAACGGAAAUCGAAAAAGAGCAAGAAGCCCAGCAUCAAAAGUAAACAAAAGAUUAGAGACGAGUAUUCCGCAUUCGGCAACCUCAUAGCAAAUCAGCUGCGCAGCAUGGACAGCAAAAGUACCCUUUACAUCGUGCAACACAGAAUUUGUCAAGUCAUGAUUGAAGCACAGAUGUGGCACUACAAGCCAGAAAUUGCGCGUACGGUCUUCCCCAGUCCUCAGGGACCCUCGGCGCCUCCCUCUGCUCCGCCUCCUUCCACGGGUUUAGGCACGUCGACUUCGGUUACCGCCCACGGCCAGGAAACACCCGUGCUGCACUACGUACCCACCGCACCAACCCAGCCGUGCGGUGCUUGUUCAAAACAGAGUACUUCCACAACGCGUGUGUCGGGAAGCUCAGCCACGCCCCCAUCGUCUAACUCAGCCUCAGUCCUGGUCGCUGUCCCCAACCCAACGGUGUCAAACCUAGUCCCGUCUAAUCCUCUCGUGCCUGCCCCUGUUAGGUUUAAUCUCCCCUCUUCGAACCGCGUUGUGCUUACCCCGGGAUGGUCCAACCCCCCCACCACCAACCCCGUUGUGUUUCCCCUCAUUAGGUCGAAGCCGCCGACGACGAAUGUUUUCUUAACUGUUGUUAAGCCCAACCCCUCUACCUCAAACCCAGUGGCGUCUACUUCCGAUAAGUGUAAACAACCUACAUCUAGCUUGUCCACACCUAAUCAGACAGAACGUAGUCAAACUGCCGCAGAGCCAGGUAGUCAUAGCGGAUCUGACAUGGGCCCCCUUAAUCCAGUUUCAUUAGAGGGAACAGCCCCACUUACCCUAGGUACGUCUCAUGAAACUACAACUAAUGUAAUAUCUUACAUUCCAAGUGCUACCCUUGAUGUAACUGGCGUACAAAUGGAGAAAACUAACCCAACUACACAGAAUUCCUCCACAUUGCGCACUAUUCUUACUCCCGCUCCUCCUAAGCAAAACAUUUGUAGCCUUUCUCAAAUGGGCAUUUAUGCUCAAACCCUAUUUUCAUUUAAUCCGCCAUUGACAAACUCAACACAGUCGGAUCCAACAAUAGCAAACUCGUACAUGCAAACAAAAUCAAGAACAUCCGCAUCAAUUUUAGAUGCUGCACUCAAGUCAGCCAUACCAGAAGCAGUGACUCCCAUAUCUGAUGUAACAGGAUUGGUCAGUUGUAUACCAUAUUCAUCUGUGCCUACACUAAGUCUGAUAACACAAAAGAUAACUGCACCAGACUCAGUUGUAGCACAAGCAAAAACGCCGAAACCAAAUGUAGUUAUGCCUGGACCGGCUACACCAAGGUCAACUGAUAAACAAGAACCAAAUAUACCAGUAACUUAUAUAGCGACAUUUGACGCACCUAUAUCUGUCGCAUCUAAACUUGACACCGACACAGAGGACCCUACAACUCGAGGUGUAGCAAUGUUCAUUCCAGUUACUGAGAAUAUAGUUAUGCCUGGUAUUGACACGUCAAACAUGACAAGCCCAACCGACCCAAAUGUAGCGAUAACCGAUUCUAAUACGCUACAUGCACCUCAUUCUAAUAUGUCUGUUGAUCCACAUGUUGAUAUGCCUGGCUCUGAUGCAUCGAAGCCAACAGCAUCCACAUCAAAUCCACCUUGGUUAAGUGAUUGUUCACCUCAUCCAUCUACACCAGAUGUAGUUUCAACCAGCCAGUCUUCCCCAUUAUCUAUCAUUCCAGAUGUAGCUGCUCCUAUCUCAGUUAUUUCAAGUGAAGCUACAGGGGACAUGCCAAAUACCCAAGACAUUAUUGCAUCUCAGCCAGGUACACCUUCCUCAGAUAUAACUUCACUGGACAAAGCUAAACCAAAUGCAUCUGUUUUAUCAGCUAAUGCGUCUGUGCCAUCAUGUGCACCUUCAAACCAAGAAAUAUUAGAUCUAACAACGCCAAAUGUAAGUCAUGAGCUAAAUACACCUGGUGUUAGUGACCCAGAUGUACUGGUUAAAGUGCUUCCUGAUCCUAAGUCACCUCAUGAAGUUAUUCAUGAUCCUGCAACAACUUGUGCAAUUGAUACAAGUCCAGAUAAUCAUGGCUUAGCUGUCCAUUCACCCGCUCCUGUUUUAGAUACAUCUGAUUUAACUAAACCAUGUUCAGCAACUUCAGUUGUAGAAGAUGAAACUGGUCAAAAUACAUCUGUUGUUGCUACAAACGAUCCAACACCACUUCCUGUAGCUCCAUGUAAUCCAACUACAUCUCUUGUAACUAGUCUAGAUCCAGCUACUAUUGUCUCAGAUGGAUCCAACCCAAGUACUAACAUCGAUUUGCCUGUAGUAUCUACACACAUUGCAGUCACUGUUGAUCAUAGUGGUUGUGUAACUUCUAGUCCAGCUAUGCCUCCUGUAGCUGCAGAUGUAGAUACACAGGUUGAAGUUACGGCUGUUUAUAGUCCAGCUACACCUAUUGUAGCAGCAGGUGUAAAUGUUACAGCUGGUGAACCUGCAGCUGGUUCAGCUUCGCCUGUUGCAGAUGUGUCGAACCCACUCACAUCAACUGCACCUGACGUAGCUACACCAAAUGAAACGGCAACUGCUGUUGCAGAUGAACUAGUUACACCUGUUGGAGAGACAGUGGGAUUAGAUACACCCAAUCUAGCCCCUUCUGUUGUAGAUACACCAGACGUUGCUAUAACUGAUGUGGCUACCCCUGGUCCAAAUACCGGUGAUUUAAAUAUGGUUGACCAGACAGCACCUGUUGUAGGUGUUAGGAGUCCAGCUACUCCUCUUGCAGAUACUCCUGAUCCAGGUACAUCUCCCGCAUCAGUUUAUGAUGAAACACCUGCCACACCCGACCAGACACUUGAUCUGACUCCAGACGGUGACAAUACUGCUGAGCUCACUGCUGCUCACGUAGCUGCUCCUGAUUUAACAACUGAUUCAAAGACACCCACUGAAGCUACUGCUGAUCCAGUAACACCUGAAGUAGCAUCUGAUUCCGUUACAUCUACAGCAGAUACACCUGAUCCAACUGUAUUUGCUGUGGCCUCUGAAAAAUCACCUGCACCUGAUGUAGCUUCAGAACCAAGUACACCUGGUGCAGUUACUCACCCAGGUACACCAGAUCUAGGUACACUUGGUGUAGCGUCUGAUCGAAGUACACUUGAUGUAGCUACUGACUCAACUACACCUGAUCACGCAAGUACAGCCGGCGUAGGUAGUAGUACAACUACACCUUCUGAAAAUACGGAUAUGGUUGCACUUGGAGAGGGGGCCGAUCCAGCUAACACUCAAGCAACACCUAGUGUACUCACCGAAGCAGGUACAUCUGGUGAAACCUCAAACCCAACAAUACCAGGGGCUAAUAUCGAUCCUGCUAUACCUAGCGAAGGUUGUGAUCCAAUAGUACCUAUGGAAGGCACUGAAAUGGCUAUACCUGCUGAAGCUGCUGAAAGUACUGAGGUAGCUGUACCCGCUACACCUGCUGAAGGUAAUGAGCCAGCUGCACCAACUGGAGGUAUUAAUCCAGCAACACUUGCUAAAGGUAGCGGUGUUGUUACACCUGCUGAAAGUCCUGAUCCAAGUUCACCCGUUGAAAGAACCCGCCCGCUGAAGGUACUGAUCCAGCUACACCAGCUGAAGCUGCUGAUUAUAUAAAUCAUACCACAUCUGCAGGUUUUGAUCCAGUUACAUCUGCUGAAGCUACAAAUUCAGUUACACCUGCUGAAUGCACUGAAUCAGCAACACCUGCUGAAUGCACUGAAUCAGCAACACCUGCUGAAUGCACUGAUCCAUCAACACCUGCUGAAUGCAUUGACCCAGUUACACCUACUGAAUGCACUGAUCCAGCAGCGCCUGCUGAAUCCACUGAUCCAGCAACACCUGCUGAAUGCACAGAGCCAGCAA